ACAGUUGAAUCAAUUGAGUUAUUGUUUUGCUGUUGAGAUUUGAUAAAAUGUAAUUGGCAGGAAUUGUAAUUGGCGUCAAAUUUAGUUAAUCGAUUAAGUGCACUUAGGGUCUUGCCAUAAUGUGCGGCUUGCGACAGCUGGCGGUGUGGUUUGUGUGUGUCUCUGUAUGUGCGGGAGCGUUAUCAAAUCUAGGCUACACAGAGUACAAAUUCGCGAGGCAGAGGGACCUUUUAGAGGAUAAAGAGAAAGAGUUUGCCAAUGACAACAUUCUUCUUACUCACGACGAAAAGAUCGUAGACAACUACCUCGGCUUCCUCAAACGCCAAGAGUUCGAGCGAACCCGACACGACUUUCCACCGUCCCGUCCUAUCGAACUGGUUCUCCCUACAAUUCGGGAGUCGAAGGUAUACUCCGUGUUGAAGAAACUACCGAAAGGGGGAAACAUGCACCUACAUCAAGGUCACAUACUUGACAAGAAGGUUAUGCUUGAUAUCAUAUUCGGAAGCUACCUAAUAAACUAUUUAUGUGUUAAUACCAAGAACGGAUCUCACCAAUGGGAGCUUAACUUUUAUGACACUCCACCGAAAAACUGGGUUCGAAUUUUGUCAAACACCACUCGCUAUAGUGAAGAAAACUUACUGAAACACGUUACCUUGCUUAAUGUCAUGGAUCAGAAGGCAAAAUCGCGUCCGACGGACUCAGAGACACGCUGGAAAGAGAUGGGGCCAAUGUUUUCUAUGGCGGGAAAUAAUCUAGUACAUUUUCAAGGAUAUGUACGCCAUCACCUGCAGGCAAUGUUUAAAGCGGCUUUAGAUGAAAAUGUUCAAUACAUUGAGGCCAGAACCAGCGCCUACGGUCUAUAUGUCAUGAACGAUUCUUAUCCAGGUGGCCACCAGUAUUUGGACACAGACGGGGAUACGUGGUUUACAACUGUUCGCGACGAGCUUGCUAAAUUCAAAGCCGAUCAUCCGGAAUUCAUUGGCUACAGAGAUAUCGUCGUCGGAAAACGUUAUAUGGGUAGAUCAAGUGUUAUGCUUGAUCUUGACCGUGCAAUAAAGUUAAGAACGAAAUAUCCGGAUGUUGUGUCUGGAUUUGAUCUCGUCGCUGAAGAAGACAUGGGAUUUUCCCUUCUCCAUUUUAUUGACGAUCUUGCAAAAGGGGAGAACCAGAGUGUACCUUUCUACUUCCACACCGCGGAAACAAGCUGGCCGGAUGACCUGCUGACCUCGAUCCAUCCUGAUGACGAGAUGUCUACCCUUGAAAAUGUAUAUGAAGCCAUAAUACUUAACUCAAAAAGAGUUGGACACGGGUUGGGAUUCAUAAAACACCCAUAUCUCAUGCAAGUAUUAAAAGAAAAACGAAUCGCCGUGGAAGCAAAUCCAGUAAGUAACAUGCUGCUAGGAUAUGUUCCAGAUCAGCGUCACCACCCAGCGAUAACCUUUAUUCGGUCUGGAAUACCAGUUGUUUUGGGAGCCGAUGACCCAGGGACAAUGGGCUACAAUGAGUUUACAGUAGACUGGUAUGAAGCAUUCAUGGCUUGGGGACUGAAUUUGAAGGACCUAAAACAACUCGCUAUCAACUCUUUGAAUUAUAGUACAAUGGAUGCUAGCGAAAAACCAAUUGCUUUUCAAAAAUGGCAAACUGCCUGGAACUAUUUUAUUGCCGACAUUAAACAUGAGGCAUGUGACCUUGAAAUUAGUCAACCUGGCCCACAAGUGUUUAGAGUAUUUCCAAUUGAAGGUCCACUCAACAAUGUCACCAAUGUUCGAGUAUUCGGUAGAAAUUUCCAAAGGGCAAUCUGCAAGGACAUUGUCUGUCAGUUUGGGCAAACAAAAACAAAAGGGGAAUUUGUGCAUACAAGUAUGGUUAAAUGUCCGACCCCCGUUGUUCAUGGUCACAAUCACAGUGUGGACUUCAGAAUUUCAUUUGACUCGGGCAAUACAUUCCAAAGUGGAAACAAUACUGUUAUGAAAUUUACGUUUUCUGAAUCAAGUUUCCGACGGUUUGAAAAUGAGUUACCUAUAAUUGUCAUUGGAUAGGUAGAUAUUCAAAAUUUGCAAUGACUUCUUUCAGAGGAAAUGCAGGCGAUAAAUAAAAUUUGGUUAAAGCAUAUAUGAUAUCAGUCUGUCUUGCAUUAUCAAGCAUGAAAUUCUUUAUGUUUCUUGUAAUGUCAAUAUCCGAGAAACAAUAUGAAAAGAGUGCACCUGAAUGCAAUAUUUCAGUCUAAAAUGGCUACAUCUUUCAUUGAAUAGAAUAGCCCAUUAAAACCAUAUAUUUUUCGUUUGGAAGGCAGCGUACUAUCUUUGUUGCACUUCCAAAGUGAUGCCCCUUCAGUGCCAAAGCCUGAAGCCGUUCAGUACUCAGUUUAAAAAGUAUCCUUUGCUUCGUUUGCCAUUGCAGGGUUAAUCCCGUUUCCUAUUUAUAGUACAUAGGUGCCAAUAUUGAAUUAGAAUACCGAAAGUAUAAACACUGUGUUGCAUUUGGUUAUUUGAACUUUCACAGGUGUUUCCUUUGUAAUACGAAGACUAAGAUCACAAAAAAUCAA